ACCCUGGAGGGUCUGUGGUUAGAACAGGUGGGAAGUCUCAGAGGAAGGAGCCCCUGGGAGCCAGACUCCCACGCCAUGGCGAGCGUGGUGGUGAAGACGAUCUGGCAGUCCAAAGAGAUCCAUGAGGCUGGGGACAUCCCUGCGGAGGUCGAGAGCUGCUCCCAGCUAGUCCCUGAGGCUCCCCGGGGGGUUACCAGCCCGGACAAGGGGAUUCCCAGGAAAAAGAAGGCCGUGUCGUUCCACGGGGUGGAGCCCCCGAUGUCCCACCAGCCCAUGCACUGGUGCCUGAACCUCAAACGGUCGUCGGCCUGCACCAAUGUGUCACUGCUCAACCUGGCCUCCAUGGAGCCCACCGACUCCUCGGGGACAGACUCAAUAGUGGAAGACCUCAGCAGCCAACUCGCCGGGCCCCCUGCCUCCCCCACCCUACCCUGGGUUCUGGAUGACCCAGACAUCUCGGAAAUCCUGAGUGGGGUCAACAGUGGAUUGGUCCGUGCCAAAGACUCCAUCACCAGCUUGAAGGAAAAGACCACUCGGGUUAACCAGCAUGUGCAGACCCUGCAGAGUAAGUGUUCCGUGCUGAGUGAGAAUCUGGAGAGAAGGCGGCAGGAGGCAGAAGAGUUGGAGGGGUACUGCAUUCGACUCAAGGAGAACUGCUGGAUGGUGACCCGGUCUGUGGAAGAUGCUGAAAUCAAAACCAACGUCUUGAAGCAGAAUUCUGCCCUGCUGGAGGAGAAGCUGCACUACCUCCAGCAGCACCUGCAGGAUGAGACACCGCGACGGCAGGAGGCUGAGCUACAGGAGCCGGAGCAGAAGCAGAAGCCGGAGGCUGGCCUCUCCAGGAACUGCCUGGACCCCGCCGCCAUGCCCCAGGGCUGCCCCGGCCCGCCGGGAAGUCCCCACGAACCCUCGCGGCCACGCGGCCUGGCCCUGGGAGGCUGGGGAAUGGGGCCUCGGGCAGGGGAGGGCCCCCACGUGAGCCAACAGGAAUUGCAGAAGGUGUUCACCGGCCUCGAGGAGCUGAGGAGAGAGGUGUCCUCGCUGACUGCCCGGUGGCGUCAGGAGGAAGGGGCGGUGCAGGAGGCCCUGCGGCUGCUCGGGGGCCUGGGCGGCAGGGUCGACGGCUUCCUAGGCCAGUGGGAACGGGCACAGCGCGAGCAGGCGCAGACGGCGCGAGGCUUGCAGGAGCUGCGAGGUCGGGCGGAUGAGCUGUGCACGAUGGUGGAACGGUCAGCAGUGUCUGUGGCUUCACUGAGGAGCGAACUGAACGGGCUGGGCCCACUGAAACCCAUUCUGGAGGAGUUCGGGCGGCAAUUUCAGAACUCUCGAAGAGGGCCUGACCUCUCCAUGAACCUGGAUCGAUCCCACCAAGGCAACUGUGCCCGCUGUGCCAGCCAGGGGUCGCAGUUGUCCACGGAGUCCCUGCAGCAGCUGCUGGACCGCACGUUGACCCCACUAGUGGAUGAGGUGAAGCAGAGGGGCCUGGCUUCUGCCUGUCCCAGCUGUCAGAGGCUACACAAGAAGAUUCUGCUCCCCCUCCACGCCCAGCCUAGUCCAGCAAGCCCAGCUGCGCCUACGCUCCUCUCCCCAGGAGCUGGAGCGCCAGGCCUUAGCCAAACACGUCAGAGCGGAGGCCCUGAGCUCCACCCUUCGGCUGGCCCAAGAAGAGGCCAUGCGAGCCAAGAACCUGCUGCUGACAGACAAGAUGAAGCCGGAGUGAGGAAGGAGGCUGAGGGCGUGGGAGGAGGGGAGAAGAUGGCCACUCUGGACUAUCUACACUUGAAGAUGAGCUCGCUCCAUGAUCAGAUCAGCAACCUGCCACUUGAGGGGUCCACGGGAACAAUGGGUGGAGGCAGCAGUGUGGGAACCCCCCCGAAACAUGGGGGCCCAGCCCCCGAACAAUAAAUGCCCCCUGGUGCUGGCAUGAAUUCUGUCUCCUUUUUGGCACCAGAGGACUAGUGAAUUGCCCACACACCAUGCACGACCUCUAUGCCUACUCUGAUUUAUUUAAUAAAUAAAUACAUUUUAUUAUUC